AUGGUUGAUGGGGUGCAAAGGAGCCCUAGGAGAGAAGAGUAUGAAGAUGAAAACAGUGGUGCAAAUGAAGAGGAAGUCAGAAAUGGGGAUGCAAAUGUGGAAGUCAGUAUUGGAAACGCAGAAGAAGAUGAUGCGAAUCGGGAGGAAGAUAACAAUGAUGACGGCAAUGUAGAGGAAGUCGGCAAUGUUGCUGCAAAUGGAGAAGAUAAUGUUGAAAACAGAGUUGUUAAUGAGGCUGCAAAUGAAGAAAACAAUGACCUUGCAGUCUAUGAAAGACACAAUGAUUUUGAUGAUAGCAUUGGAAGAUUCUACUGGAACGCAUACAGUGGCCUGUGCAGGACCUGCAGCGGCUGUGCGUGGACAAUGAACCUCAUGGAUGCUUAUGCACAUUACUUUGGACACGUCUUAUCCAACAGCUUCUACCCAGUCCUGCAAAGAGCCAUCGGGGUGACCAAUGGCAUAGAAAUCUUCAGGAUUGAGAUGCUGUUUGGGGUGCAGAUAGGCAACUCCGACGUCUUUGUAAGCAGUGAGCCUAAAGAGGACCACACCCAAAACACAACCUGGCCUGAGAGCUAUGCUGUGGCAGAGAUGAAGUUCUUCCAGCACAUCGCCAGACAGGCACCUCCUGACAGUGUGCACCUGAGAUGCCUGCAGUUCUUCACCCGUCUUGUGCUGGGCUUCUGCUUUCCCACCAACACCAUGAAGACUGUUGUCAUGCACCUGCUCAAUGUGGUGCCUGUGUCACGGUGGCGCAGUAGAGAUUUGCUGCAGCGACUGCUGGAUAUCAGCGAUAGCCUGUGCUUAUGUGUGCUAGCAAAACGCCUCAACCACUUCUUUGUCGGGAACCAGAGGCUGCCUCAGGACAUCCGUUUACCCCCAGGUGUUCAAAUGGCUCGGCCAUACAAUCUCUUCUAUCGCCUGGCAGAGGAACCAGCUGAACACAACCAGGCGAUAAACGACUACCAGGUUUUGCGAACGUGGUUCAGAAGAAUCAUUCUCAGUGAACACCUUCUCUUCAUCCUCCUGCAGACCAUGGAUGCCAUAACAUUCCUUUUCAUUCUCGUGCAAAGCCUCAUCCAGUAUCUGCGGCAUGUGGGUGAUGUUCAGGAUGAAGAAACACGUCUGCGCAUGGAGGUGCGUGCGAAACGCCAGGAACUGGAAAGGCUUUGGCUGGAGCAGGAGAUGGAGCAGCUGGCCUGGAAGCAGAGUAGAUUGCAGCAAUUCUUAGAGGUCUUACCUGUUGCUGUGCUCCUGGUCCUUGUUAUGGUCCUAUGGCUGAUGGGCUGCCAAAGCAACCUAAGGAGGGAGGAGCCUGAAGGAGAUGAUGUUGGAAAUAACAUAGAUGAUCAUGUUCAAGAGAACAUAGGAAGGAGGCUAGUGGAGCGCAUACAGUGGCCUGUACAGGACCUGCAGGCGGGCUGUGAGUGGACAACUGACCUCAUGGACAAUUAUACAGUUUAUUUUGGACAUGUCAUGGGAAACAGCUUCUACCCAGUCCUGCAAAGAGCCAUCGGGGUGGGCAGCGCCUUCGAAGGUUGGAGUCCACGUGAGCAGGAUUUUGUGUAUCGUGUGCUCAUACCCAUGACUCCUCCCCGAGGCCACAGCUUCCACCUGGAGCUGGACUCUGCAGAGCAGAGGCAGGGGAGGAACUUCCGUGUCCGCGUGCAGCUGGAGUGCACCUGCAGCAAGGAGCAGCAGGCUGAGAACAUGCUGUGCUUCCUGCACCACCCCGAGGAGGAGCUGAGGAGCAAUCAGGAUCCCAGCCUCCUGGACACCCUGUGCACCAACUCCUACCUGGAUGUGCAGAAAACUGCCCGCUGGUUCUACCAGCUGGUGAGAGCCAUCUGGCCAGCUUUGCCUCAGUCACACAACUGGCAUUUAAAGCUGCUGCCCUCCAGACGCUCCUGCCAAUUCCAGGUGACCAAUGGCAUAGAAAGCUUCAGAAUUGUGAUGCAGUUUGGGGUGCGGAGAGGUGACUCCGACAUCUUUGUGAGUAGCGAGCCUGGAUAUGCUGGCAUCUCACGCACUCUGUGGCCUGAGACCUAUGCUGUGGCAGAGGUGAAGUUCUUCCAGCACAUCGCCAGGCGGGCCCCCCCUGACAGCUUGCACCUGAGAUGCCUGCAGCUCUUCACCCGCCUUCAGCUGGGCAUAGGCUUUUCCACCUACACCAUGAAAACCAUUGUCAUGCACCUCCUGAACACCAUUCCUGUGUCACAAUGGCGCAGGAGACAUUUCCUGAGGCGACUGAUUGAUAUUAGCGAGAGCCUUCGCUCAUCCCUGGAAGCAAAACGCCUCAACCACUUCAUUGUGGGAAACCAGAGGCUGCCUCAGGUCAUCCGUUUACCCCCAGAUGUUCAAACGGCUCAGCCAUACAAUCUCUUCCAUCGCCUGGCCAUGGAUCCGGUUGCCCAUUCCCAGGGGAUGGGCGAGUACCUGGAUCUGCAACGUCGGCUCUUGGCAGUCCUCAGACCUGAAGAUUGA